AACGUGACCUCACUAAUUUAGCUGCCCGGUUGCGUAGCAAGCAGGCAGUACUAACUACAUAUUCUGUCAUGCCCUACUCUGCGAAAAUCGGUCCGUCCAUUCUAAGUAGUGACCUGUCAUGUCUGGGCAGCGAGUGUGUGAGGAUGAUGGAGUGCGGGGCAGAUUAUUUGCACCUCGACGUAAUGGACGGUCAUUUUGUUCCAAAUAUCACGUUUGGUCAUCCCAUGGUGGAAUGCCUGAGGAAGUCAGUCGGCCCGGACCCUUUCUUUGACAUGCACAUGAUGGUGUCCCGGCCUGAGCAGUGGGUAAAGCCCAUGGCUGCAGCCGGAGCCAACCAGUACACGUUCCACCUGGAGGCCACCAGCAACCCUGGAAGCCUCAUCAAGGAGAUCCAACAGAGUGGUAUGAAGGUGGGUUUGGCAAUAAAGCCUGGGACUACAGUGGAAAUGCUUGCACCUUGGGCCAGCCAGGUCGACAUGGCUCUGGUCAUGACUGUUGAACCUGGCUUUGGAGGGCAGAAGUUCAUGGAGGACAUGAUGUCCAAGGUGACGUGGCUCAGGGGUCAGUUUCCCUCGUUGGACAUUGAAGUAGACGGUGGCGUGGGCCCGGACACCAUUUACAAGUGUGCAGAGGCUGGUGCUAACAUGAUCGUGUCAGGCAGUGCCGUGAUAGGCAGCGAUGACCCUCGCUCUGUCAUUGCCCUUUUGCGCACUGCGGUGGCCGAAGCCAUACAGAAGCGCACGCUGGACCGCUGAUGUCUUUAUGUCUGUUUGUGAAAUUAGGCAUGGUGAUGCUCCACUUGUCCAUUCUCUGCAGCUCUUGGUGGGAGUGACUCAAUAGGUAGGAUGUCUCUAUGUUGGAUGUAGAAGGUGAGGCUGGACACAGCAGGUAUGAUGUGGGGCUUCUUUGGAGGCAGGGCUAAUGAAUGACGCUGGACUGUAAACAUUCCUGAACAUAAUUUUUACCAACCUGGAAAUUAUAUGUCAAGCUUAAUAUUUUUCUAUCAACUGUAUAUACACCCAUGGAAAUUGGUUUUGUUAAUUAAACAGCCUUCAAUCAUC